AAUGGAUUUUCACGAAGAAGAAGUUUUAUUUACAUCGUUCUCCUCCCGUAAAUAAUUUAUUGGCUAAUUUAGAAAAUUAAAUUAAUUAAAUUCAUUGCAAUAUGAGUGGCGAUGCAAGUAAUAAACUUCAAGAAAAUCAAGUGUUAAAUGAAAUCACUAAGGAUUUUAAAGAAAUCACAGAAGAUCCAACGCAAUUCUUGCUAGUUGUGCCUCCUAAGAAACAGGAAGACAUAAAAUCUUUACUACAAAAAACAUACAAGGCAUGUAUAGAAAAUGAUGAAAAUAAUAAGAAGUCGCCAGAAAUACUGCCUGAAUUGAUUGUGGAGGAUAUGGAUGAAGAACAAAUUUGGCAACAGUUAGAGCUGCGCAACAAUAGUAUUAUAAAUGUCUUACUUGAAAAUACCUCCAAGCUAUUGUCAAUACGUGAAGAAAAACUGGAAGUGCGUUUGGAUGAAAAAGAGAAUCAAAAUGGAGAAGAGGCAUCCGGUGACAGUGAUGACGACUCUGAAGAGGAUAACAUGGAACACGAAGCAUUCGACGAAGAAGACGAGGGUGAUGAGGAGCAGGAAGAAGACCUUUUUCAAGAACCGAAAGAGAUUAAAAAGAAGGGAAAAAAGAUGCGAUCUUCUGUGGUUGACGAUAAAUUUUUCAAGUUGAGCGAAAUGGAAUCGUUCUUAGAAGAGGAAGAUGCGAAAGAGAUGCGGCGUAAUAAAAGAAAGGCUGAUGAUUCGGCCGAGGCUACAUUUGAUUACUUUGCAGAAGACUUAGGUGUUGAGGAUGAAGACGGGGAGGAGGAGGAUGAAAAUCCGACCUAUAAAGAAUUUUUCGAUGAUGAAGACGGAGAAGAAGAGCAAAAGACAGAAAAAACUGUUGAAAAAGCGCCGAAAAAACAAAAAGACCAUUUUAAAGAUGAGUCGAGUGACGAAGAAUUGGAUAUGGAUGAGUAUGACCAAGAUGAUUCAGAAGGUGAAGAUAAAGAUAAGGAUGAAGAUAACGAGCAUGAAACAAAUGAAAAUAAAAUUAGUAAUGACAACACCACCCAGGAUGCCUUACAACCCGCUUCUUCUGGCUCAGAUGAUACCGAAGAUGAACAGGAUGAAAAAGUAGACGAACCACAAUCUUCAUAUGAAAUACGUCAAGCACGCUUACAACAACGUAUACGCGAAUACGAAGGAGAAGUACUAGGCGAAAAGCCAUGGCAAUUACGUGGUGAAGUACAUGCUAACAGUAGACCAGCAAAUUCACUGCUCGAAGAGCUGCUUGAAUUCGAGUCCACCGUGCGUCCAGCACCCAUUAUCACUGAACAAACCACACGUUGCCUGGAAGACAUAAUAAAGCAACGCAUCAAGGAUCAAGCAUGGGAUGAUCCAGUGAUCAUGUUAAAACCAGAGCCAUCACCACAUGAAUUCCGCAAACAACUGAUACUAGAACAAGAGAAAUCUAAAGAGUCACUAGCACAAGUCUACGAAAAGGAAUAUCAAAAGGAAUUAGAUAAACUGGAUCCAAACCGCGCUGAUGCGUCAGAGGAAGAGCCAAAGGAGCACAAAGAAAUUAAGCAACUAAUGCGCACGUUAUUCGUUAAAUUAGAUGCGCUAUCCAACUUCCACUUUACGCCUAAACCUGUGGCGGCCGAAGCUAGAAUUAUAACCAAUACACCAGCGGUGAAUAUGGAAGAAGUAGCGCCGGUUGCUGUUAGUGAUGCCAAAUUAUUGGCACCAGAGGAAGUUUAUCGUGGACCGAAGCAUGAAUUGGUCGGUAAAACGGAACGCGAUCGUACGGAUAAGAAUCGGGAACGACGUAAGAAGAAGCAAAAACAACGUGUUAUCAAUCGCCUGUUGGACGAGAAGAGCAAGAAGAAACAGGAGUUGGGCAUAGCGCCAACGAAGAAAGAGGAAAAUGCCAAACUACUAAAGUCGCUGACCAAACAUCGCAAUGUCGAAAAGUUAAAUACAACCAGCGACGAUCAACGUGCACUGAAAUCAUCCAAGUCGUUCUUCUCCAAACUGCAAGAUACUACCAGCGUUGCGGGACAAGCUGCCACAGCGGCGAAAGCCAAAAAGCACAAAUCUACUGGGAAAACGAUUACAGCGAAAAGAGUGAAACUGUAAUAUUGUAUUGUUGUAGACUUUUAUUAGUAAUAAAAAGUUUAUUUUAUUAUAUUACAA